AUGUCAACAGCCUCUCCUUCGCCCUCUCCACUGCUCGCCGACAUACUAGAUGCCACUCAAGUUAAACUGUUAGGUUCUCAGGCUUCCCUCGACGAUGUGCCGAAGGCGUACAAUUUUGACGCGAAACUGCCGCCAGAAAUAUGGCUCAGAAUCUUUGACUUUCUUGUCUACAUUCCGGGUAUCCUUGAUAUUUCAAACGUACGUGCGAUUGAAGCAUAUGCGGAAGAUAACGAAGGUAUCAUUUUGCAUGGACUCUACGACGAAGCUAUGAACGUGAAGCUUGCAAUCAGUUUGGUUUCACGGAAAUGGCGAAGGCUCGUCUUGCCAUUCCUAUUCGAGUAUGUGAUCAUUAGGAGCGGACGUCAAGCCCGAAUGGUCGCAGACGCCCUGUCUCGCCUUCACCAGGCACAAGGCGAAGAGGAAUACUAUGGGCGCUGGAUUAAACGUGUGGAAGUAAUCCUACAAGAUCAUUAUUGGGAACAAGACAGCAUAGAUUCUCUGGCUACUGUUCUACGGCUCGCUCCAAAUGUUCUAGUGUUCUCAGACUUCUUCAGCACGGGCAGACUGCCUAACUAUGCCACUCGUGGCGUCGUCAAGACGCUUCAUUCUCUUUCUGAAAGGGGACGCCUUCGAAGGAUUGAGUGUUCCAGCGUCUUUGGUGCUUUUCGUCUUCAUACACUGCUCUGUGGCACUCCGUCACUCCAAGUCCUGAUCACGAAACAGCUAUCUUCGCAUCCUAUUACUUUGCCUAAUCUACGUAUACUGGUGAUCAGAAAGUCAGAUGCUAUUCUUGCCUACAAGCUUGGUAACUUGAACGCACCGAGUCUACAUAGUCUCGUACUACAUAACAACGCCUUGAACCCUUUGACUGGAUACCCCCCAACCCGCACAAGCAUUCCAUACCCAAAUCUAAGACAUCUGCGCUGCCUUCACAUGGAUGAGAGGCUAUCACCUCUUUCGCUCUUCCGUAUCGCGGAGACGCCGGGACUGACUUCUUUGACGCUGGAUUUUGGGCAGAGGCCUGUCGUCAAGGACCUGGAGAAAUUCCGGGUCAAACAUCAGACAUUAGAAAGGAUCGACUUGGUUAGGCUUCCAACGUUCAGCUACAGAUUGGAUCCCAGCUGCGAUCUUGAAGGACAACGCUUCGUAUCUGGAUUCCUCGAGUCGUUGCUGAAACGGGAUGACAUUCCAUAUCUACGAACUAUUGGAUUUCUCCGUCCUCGAAGUUACUUCGAUACUGGUGACUUCACUAAAUAUGUUCCUGCAAGAGCACGGGCGUCAACUGCUGAGUUUUGGGAGAAUUUUAUCUCCCUCUGCAAGUCCCGUGGUGUCAAUGUCGAGGCUUCGGUGGGUGCGAGUGACCAUUUCUGGGGAAUAUGGCAGCCUUUCCACAUAGGACUGUUGCCUCAACGGCAACUUACUACGGCAGUGAUUUAG